AUGGAAAUGGCUUUUACUGCACAGCUGCUUCUGCUGUCCUCAUUGUUUCUACAACCAGUUCUAGCGCUUUCCCAAACUAAUGGUAGCAUAGCAGUUGGUGGUUCUCUUACUGCAACUGCAGAAGGAAACUCCUCCUCAUCAUGGCUUUCUCCAUCUGGUGAUUUUGCCUUUGGAUUUCGGCCACUUGGAAACAAUGAUCUUUUCUUGCUUUCAAUAUGGUAUGCCAAAAUACCAGACAGAACCAUAGUUUGGUAUGCAAAUAAUAACCCUGUAGGUGCACCUGCUGCACCUCUGGGAUCAACUGUGAAUUUGACUGCUCACAGUGGACUAGUGCUCACACGUCCUCGAGGCGAAGAGUUAUGGAAAUCUGAAAACAUAGUUGGUGUUGUUGCCAAUGGGGUUUUCAAUGAUACCGGCAACUUUGUUCUUGAAGAUGACAGUUCGAAGAAGUUGUGGGAGUCUUUCAAGAAUCCUACUGAUACUAUAUUGCCUGGACAGAUAAUUGAAAGAGAAGGAAACCUUGCUUCUCGACAAUCGGAGACUAACUAUUCCAACGGACGGUUCCAGCUACAGUUGCAGCCAGACGGGAACCUGCUGCUCAACUCCGUAAACUUCACAACGGGGUCUACUAACAGACCGUACUAUGUAAGCGCCACUACCAAGGGGACAGUGCCAGGAAGUGAAGGUAAACAGUUGGUUUUCAAUGACUCAGGCUGCAUAUAUGUCCUGAGAGAGAAUGGUGGAAAAUUCGCAUUGGGAAAUACUAGGGUCUCAGCAAUGGCCUAUUAUACUAGAGCAACUCUUAACUUUGAUGGGGUUUUUGCUCAGUAUGUUCACCCAAAGACUUUUUCUGGCAAUGCAAGCUGGGAACCUCUUUGGUCACUGCCAGAAAAUAUUUGCCUGGAUAUUGAUGCUGAUAAAGGUCCUGGGGUUUGUGGACUCAAUAGUAUCUGCACAUUCAGUCCAGCAGAUAAGAGGCCAAAAUGUGAAUGCCCAAGAGGGUUCUCUUUGCAUGAUCCAAAUGACCUAUACGGAAUCUGCGAACCCGAUUUCGGAAAAAACUCAAUCGAACCUGUUGGAAAAAGGAGUUGCCCCUCUCAUAUGGGAGAGUGGAUAGCAGUCUACAUGCAAGUUGCAACGGCCUACAUCAAAUUCAGGAAGGACAAUUCAACUCGACCAGUCCCUCCAUCGCCAAGUCCAGAUGAUAAGAAGAAUAAGCAGACCACUUUCUUGGGUGUACGACCGGUGAUUUCAGCUACCGCUCUCGUGGUUUGUCUUGUUUUAAUUGCUGCUGCAUUUUCUCUUGGACUAUACUUCACUUUUCAGAAGAAACAGGUCAGGAUUAUGCAAAGUGGUUUGAACAUAAAUUUGCGUCCUUUUAGUUACCAAGAGCUUCACGAAGCUACAAAUGGAUUCACGGAAGAAUUAGGAAGGGGUACUUUUGGGGUAGUUUACAAAGGAAUAAUACAAAAUGGUUCUCAAGUCCAAGUGGCAGUGAAGAAGCUACGCUGCGUGAAACAAGAUGGUGAUGAGGAAUUCAAGGCAGAAGUGAAUGUAAUUGGGAAGACACAUCACAAGAAUCUGGUACGUCUGCUCGGAUAUUGUGACGAGGGACAACAACGUUUACUAGUAUAUGAACUCUUGAGCAAUGGCACAUUAGCAAGCUUCCUUUUUGCUGAUGUGAAACCAAGUUGGGGGCAACGAAUCAAAAUUGCUUUUGGAAUUGCCAAAGGACUUGAGUACUUGCAUGAAGAGUGCAGAACCCCAAUCAUCCAUUGCGAUAUAAAGCCUCAGAACAUACUUCUUGACGAUAAUUGCACUGCCCGGAUCGCUGAUUUUGGAUUGGCAAAGCUUUUGAUGAUGAAUCAGAGCCACACUCAUACUGCCAUCCGAGGAACAAAAGGGUAUGUUGCACCCAAGUGGUUUAGGAACAUGCCAAUCACUACCAAAGUUGAUGUGUAUAGCUUUGGUGUUGUACUACUAGAGAUCAUCUGCUGUAGGAGAAGCGUCGAUGUGGAAAAUAACUGCGAAGGGAAAGCAAUUUUAACCAAUUGGGUUUAUGAUUGCUACCAAGAAGGAAAAAUAGAUGCUGUUCUAGAUCACAAAACUGAGGCUUUGCAUGAUAAAAAGAAUCUGGAAAAGAGUGUGAUGGUUGCUAUUUGGUGCAUCCAAGAAGACCCGUCUCUUCGGCCGACUAUGAGGAAGGUUGUGCAGAUGCUUGAAGGAGUAGUGGAAGUGCAUGCUCCACCAUGUCCUUCGUCAUACACCAGUUCAGCCUGAAACCAGCUUUCUUAUCAAAGCCAAAGCCAAAGCCAAAGGUAUCCCAAAAACUAUCAAGGUCAUUUCAAGCUUUACACCCAUCACUGCAUGUGUUCUCUGCAUCUGAAUUUUCAGAGAAAAUCUCUCAUCUUGUUCUUU